AAAAUAACUUGAAUUCGUUCCUCCUUGUUAAGCGCCAUGCUUUAUCUGUAAAAGAAUAAACUAAGAUUAACAGAACUUUGGUUCCAGACUUUUGUGAUACGCUCUGUAGAAGUCGCUGUAGUCUGUUUUCUACACGUUUUCAAUUUAAUGACGCUCCACAGAGGUUUAACAUGAGAAGCGAAACUCAAACAUUGCAGAAAAUAUUUGGAAAUGUUAAUUCGUUUCCUUUUAAAAAGAAUAAAUGUCACAGUAAAAUCAGUUGUGAACAAGAUGACCAAUACAAGUCUUAUCAGAAUUCUGAUCAAGUAAAAACAGCGUGGAAAGUAGAAACGGAUAAGCAAACAGGACUUUCAUAUUUCACUCCUGUUAAUUCCAGUCUAAUUGUAGAAUCUUCUUCAUUAUCUCGUAAAGAUUCUUUAAUAAGUAUUAAUUUUUUUCGAUUUAAUCUAACAAAAAACCAGAAAAUAUUGAAGUUUUGUUGUUGUGUACCUAGAAAAUGCUUGAAAUCCACUGAUAAUGAUAUUUAUCUCGUAUGUCAACAAUAUACAUCGUUUCCACCAUUUAAAAAUGGAGAAUCUGUUAUUCUAAAAAGUAGUAAUGUGUCCUCAAGAACCGAAUGAGCUAUAUUUUGCAUUAUUUUAUCUUCAAAAAUAGGCUACAUCUGUUAACGUAAAUAAAGUUGGAACGCACAGGUGCACUUCAUUGCAUGUUUACGACAUCAACGGAUGUUUGCUCAGUAGUAUUUUUUCAUUAUUCAUUAUUUUAUUUUAAAAUAUUUUAAAUAUUGAAAUAGCAAUUAAUGUAUAAUCUUGAAUUUUAUGCUAUAAAAUAUUUUAUGCUAUA